AUGGCUCGAGCUGGAUUCAACAGCUAUCAUGGCUUCGACACCGGCCCCAUGCCUCCGGGGUUCGGUCCCGCGCAACCGUUCGGCGUGCCCCAGUACCCGGCCUUCUUCGGAGCGCCAGCUCCUCAAGGAUUCGGCUGGCCAGCACCGCCGCCAUACCCAGGCUUCCCCCAACAGCCGAUGUUCAUGCCGCCACCAUAUGGAGGUUUCGGCAUGGGCGGAAUGACCUAUCCGACCGUGGCACCCUUCACCGACCACGGCUUCCCCGGCAUCCACCUGCGCAACCACACCGGCGGCGUUGGUCUCCCUCCCGGCUACGACUAUGCAUUCCCGCAGGAACACUGCAAAAUCCACGUCUUCAAGACCAAAGAGAAGCCAUGGCAGACCACCAUGUUCAAAGAAGACAGCUCGAAGCAUGUCAAGCUAUUCGUGCCGACGGGCACCACUGUCAAGGAGCUGAUGCAGAACCUCGGCUGCACGAACGAGGACGCGAAGAAGAAUAUCUUGUAUGAAGUUGUGGAGGCUGGCAAUGGACAAUGGAAGGUUGGCGCAAAGUUCGUAGGCGAUGAUAAAGAUAAGGUGAAGAAGGCGAUUAGUGAGUAUGGGUGGAGGGGCGAUCGAACGGGGCAUCCGGGUGAGAAGCCGAUUGUUUGGUUGUGGGUUACGAAGGAUGGGCAGUGA